UAGCCGGCCUUCUUCCUCUUCUUUCCUGCCCGCACACGGGAUUUCAUUUCAUUUCCUUCGCCGUUCCUUGGAGCCGGCAACGGACGGCGGAGAGGCGAGGCGACGAGCGAGAGGAAGGAGCGACCUCGCGCCACUAAUCCAGGCUUCCCGCGCCAUGGAUCCCAUCAUGAAGCUCCUCGAGGAUGACGAGGACGAGAGCUUGCACUCGGGCGCCGACGUCGAGGCCUUCACGGCGGUGCUCAAUCGCGAGGUGGAGGCCAGCGCCAGCAGCAGCGCCCCCGCCGCCUCAUCGUCCCAGCCGAUGGAUCACGGCAUUGAUCUUUUACCUCAAGAAAACAACACAUCAUUAAACCACGGUCAUGGCCAGUGGCAAGAUUCAGUAAAGAGUGAACUUGCAAACCAGGAAAGCCAACAGCAGGAACAGACACAUCUACAUCUUAGAAAAGAUCAGUCAUCCAGACCUGAAGUGAUUUCUCAAGGUUCUGAUAAUGAACACCUUCACACUAAUGCACCAAAAGAAUGUGAUCUGCCAAACAUAAAGCAAGAGCCUGGAACCACUUCUCAACAAGGUAUUGCUGCUCAGCAGCAGCCUUUGCAGCAAAUGAAGAGUCAACAAACACCAGGCACGAACCAAACAAAUAAUGCUCCUACGACGGUAAAAACCCCAGUUGUUACAUUUCACAUGUUAAUCCCGAUUUUGAGGCGCCAUCUUGACAAAGACAAGGAUAUGCAAGUUCAGUCCAUUUUUGCAAAGUUGCGGAAAAAUGAAAUCAGCAAGGAACACUUCUUAAAAGUUGUAAGGAGUAUUGUUGGUGAUAAGUUGCUCAAGCAAGCUGCUUCACAAUAUCAAAUGCAGCAUGCUGCUCAGGCACAACAGAACCCUCAGACAAAUCCAAGCAACUAUUCGUUAUUGAAUCAAGUUUCUGGCCAGCAGAAUGUUCCAAGUUCUAUGCCAGGAGAUGAGCAGAAAGCAUCUCCAGUGGCUCACCCCAUCCAUGUAAAACAAGCUAUUGACAGCUCAAGACCACCUCAAUUUCAUCCUUCCUCGUCAGGCCAAAUGCAGAGUAAUAUGGGUUAUCCAGCUUCAGAAAGCAAUAUACAUAAGGCUAAUGAAAUGGGUAACAAAUCAGAUGGAAAAGGUGUGCAUAUGCUACAAACCCAUCCACCCAAUGUCCACUCAGUUCUGGUGCAACCAAUGCAACAUAAUGUGCAGUGUCCACAAAUACCUUCACCGGUUUUCGGAACAAAUAACUUUCAUGCACGUCCGUUUCCAAGGCCAGUUGGAGGUCCAGUUGCAUCGCUUAGACCACAAAUGUGCCAACACAAUCAAAGAGCACAAUUAGUCCAGGGAGCUGCUACGACAAUUUCUGGGAGUGUGCCAACACAAUCCACAGUGUCUGGCAGUGUGCCACCAAAUCAAUCUGCAUGGCAACGAUCAGCAAACAAGGAACAUAAAACUUAUACUUUCACUCCAACACCACAUAUGAAUAUGGGAGUUGUUAUCCAACACUCUGGAUCCGGGCAGAAUUCUUUUGCUGCGUUGCAUGCAAAACAAGUCAAUUCAGCACUUGGAUCUUCAAAGGGUGCUGAUGUUUUAGAAAACCAGUCACCUGUGUUGAAUACCUCUAAGUCUUUGACUAUAGCAAGCUCAAGUCAGACUCAUCAAUCUCAUGGCACUCAAGCAGAACCUAAGAUGCAGAUCCAAUCUUCUGCGCAAGGACCUCUUGCGCCAGCAGCUUCUAAAACACCCCAAAGGAAGGCAUCUUCUGGACAGAAAAAGCCUCUGGAAGCAUUAGGUUCAUCCCCUACACCAUCUAGCAAAAGGCAGAAGGCAUCUGCUGGUUUCCAUGAUCAAAGCAUUGACCAGCUUAAUGAUGUCACUGCAGUUAGUGGUGUUAAUCUGAAGGAAGAAGAGGAGCAACUUUUCUCUGCUCCAAAGGAAGAGUGUCGAGUUUCAGAAGCUGCUCGGAAAGUUGUACAACUAGAGGAAGAAAAACUCAUCCUACAGAAGGGACUCCUGACAAAGAAAUUAGCAGAAAUCAUUAGGAAAUGUAAUUUGAAGGUCAUCGGCGCUGAUGUGGAGCGUUGUCUAUCAAUGUGCGUUGAGGAGCGGUUACAAGGGUUUAUAAGCAAUAUAAUAAGAAUCUCAAAACAGAGGGUUGAUGUUGAAAAAGCAAGGCAUUGUUUUUAUCCUUUAUCUUCAGAUGUUCGCAGUCAUAUAAUGAGGGUGAACCGAGAAGCUAGAGAACAGUGGGACAAAAAGCAGGCUGAAGAUGCUGAAAAAAUCAGGAAACAAAAUGAUGGAGAUGGCAAUUCAAAUCUUGAUUCAGAAAAAGAUAAGACCGACGCCCGUGCCACAUCAAAGAAUACUAAGACUCACAAGGAGGAAGAUGGUAAAAUGAGAACUACAGCUGCAAAUGUUGCUGCACGAGUUGCAGCUGGGGGAGAUGAUAUACUGUCAAAGUGGCAAUUGCUAGCUGAGGGAAAUAAACAGAGAAAUGAGGGAGGUGGCGGUUCUUCUGGUUCCUUACCAGGUAAUAUGUUGCCUCACAAGCCUUCACUAAAAUCUGGGAAAGAUGCAAGGGUGCAACAGGAAAUUGAAAAGGGUGGCUACUCUACUAUGCUUGGACCUGGUGGUGUUAGAAGGUCACCAGUUACAAAAGUGGUGCGGAGCAUUACAGUAAGGGAUGUGAUAGCAGCACUGGAGCGAGAGCCUCAGAUGUCAAAAUCCUCUAUGCUUUUCCAGCUAUACGGGAGAUCGUCGGCAGAAUCGGUUGCAAAAAAUUCGCAGUGAAAUUAUUGCUGUUCAUAUCACAGUGAAAUUCAGUUAGUUAUUUUGUCCAUUCGUGGUUUCUUAGCCUGUGAGGCAUCUUUCUAGUCGUAUGGUCAAUAUGACGAAUCAAUUUUGCAGGCAUUCGGCGGUUACUAGCGAGCCAGUGUUUCCCUGGAGCCAUUUUUUUUUUUUCGAGGGAACAGUCUGCAAAUGUAUUGUGUGGUUGCGCUCAAUGUCAAGCAACUUCAGUUUGCAUGAAAUAGCAUCAUGCUCAUUUUGUAUAGCAAGUGGUGUUCCUUUUAAUAUGUUUAUAUGACUUGCCAAGUGUUCAAUUUUC